AUGUGUGUAUGUGUGUGCUGAACUGAGCGGAGGUGAAGAAGAGGAGGAUGAAGCUGGGAGCGGAGGAUGGGAGGAAGAGUGGAGUAAGAUACAGGCUAGCUGAGAGUGAAUGAGAGAGAGAGGGAGGAAGAAGAAGAGAGGAAGGUCGACUGAAAACAAAGACUUGUAUUUUUAGGGGAUCACCUCCGGAUCGUUCCUAACGGAAACUUUAAACUUUUUCCCCGCCUGCUCGGCUCGUAGUGCCCGGAGCCGGCUUUGUUUCACGGCGGGGGAGUCUACGAUAAAUGAAGGAAUAAAAUAAACCCCAUCGACCUUUUCUACCCGCACGGGGAACAUCCCGGGACUGCUUAUCCGAAGGGGACGACAGCAUGGCGGCCAACAUGUAUCGAGUGGGAGAUUAUGUGUACUUUGAGAACUCCUCGAGCAAUCCGUACAUGAUCCGCAGAAUAGAAGAGCUCAACAAGACAGCCAAUGGGAACGUGGAGGCGAAGGUGGUGUGUCUGUUCAGGAGGCGAGACAUCUCAGGAAACCUCAACACGCUGGCUGACAGCAAUGCCAGAGAGUUCGAGGAGGAGUCGAAGCAGCCGGCUCUGGCUGAACCACAGAAACAUCAGCUCAAACACAGAGAACUCUUCCUGUCCCGACAGUUCGAAUCUCUACCUGCCACUCACAUACGGGGGAAAUGUAACGUCACCCUCCUCAAUGAAACAGACGUGUUGGCCGGAUACCUGGACAAAGAGGACUGCUUCUUCUACUCGUUGGUGUUCGACCCAGUCCAGAAGACCCUGCUGGCCGAUCAGGGAGAGAUCCGGGUCGGCUCCAAGUACCAGGCAGAGAUCCCCGACAUGCUCGCAGAGACUGAGUCAGACACCCGGGUCCAGGAGAAGCUGGAGACCAAAGUUUGGGACCCCAACAACCAGCUCAAAGACCACCAGAUAGACCAGUUCCUGGUGGUGGCGAGAGCGGUGGGGACGUUCGCUCGCGCUCUGGACUGCAGCAGCUCCAUCCGUCAGCCAAGCCUCCACAUGAGCGCAGCUGCAGCGUCCAGAGACAUCACACUGUUCCACGCCAUGGACACUCUGCAGAAGAACAGUUACGACCUGGCCAAAGCCAUGUCCACACUGGUCCCUCAGGGAGGACCGGUCCUGUGCCGGGACGAGAUGGAGGAGUGGAGCGCCUCAGAGGCCAUGCUGUUUGAGGAGGCGCUGGAGAAAUACGGCAAAGACUUCAACGACAUCCGUCAGGACUUUCUGCCCUGGAAGUCUCUCGCCAGUGUGGUCCAGUUUUACUACAUGUGGAAGACUACAGACCGCUACAUCCAACAGAAACGACUAAAGGCAGCAGAGGCAGACAGCAAGCUGAAGCAGGUGUACAUCCCCACAUACACCAAACCCAACCCAAACCAGAUCAUGGUCCCGGGCAGUAAACCCGGCAUGAACGGAGCUGCGGGCUUCCAGAAAGGACUCAGCUGUGAAGGCUGCCACACGGCUCAGUCUCCUCAGUGGUAUGCCUGGGGUCCGUCCAACAUGCAGUGCAGACUCUGCGCGUCCUGCUGGAUCUACUGGAAGAAGUACGGAGGCCUGAAGACCCCCACACAGCUAGAGGGCGCUGCUCGAACUGGCUCUGAGUCAGGACCCCGCGGUCACAUGACCCGCCAGGAGGUGCAGGGCUUGUCUCCGUUCACCCGCAACGAGGGGCGGGCCAAGCUUCUCGCAAAGAACCGGCAGACGUUCAUCCUGCAGACCACCAAGCUGACCCGCGUCGCCCGGCGGGUGUGUGAGGACAUCCUGCAGCCACGCCGCGCUGCACGCCGACCAUAUGCCUCCAUCAACGCCAAUGCUGUGAAAGCAGAGUGUAUGAUCCGGCUCCCCAAAGCCACUAAGGCUCCUGUAAAGACUAAAGUGAUCCCUCGACCGUCUCUGGCCUCCAUUGUGAAGGAUUUAGCCAUCUCUGCUCCCCUAAAACUGAAGGCAUCACGAGGACCGUCGACCCCCAUCAACAGGAACCAGGCCAGCCAGCCCAGAGUGGGGCAAAGCCUGCUGGGAAAGAGAGGCUUUGACAGCGCUUCAGGAGUUCCCUACCCAGCCAAUGGGAGGCCGUACACUUCAGGUAUGAGGACCACCUCUCAGUCGGUCAUCAAGAGGCAGAAGGUCAGCCAGGGAGAGGCUCCAAACCCGGUGGUGUUUGUGGCUACAAAGGACACCAGGGCUCUGAGGAAACACCUGACUCAGUCUGAGAUGCGUCGAGCAGCGAGGAAGCCACACCUGCUGGUCCGGAUCAAGCUGCCCCCUCCUCCUCGCUCCCUGGCCAUGCCCCUGAUCCCCUCCAGCACCAGCGAACCCAUCGUCCUGGAGGACUGAGGAGAGACAUGAGGGGGUGGGGCUUCUUCAGGACAUGGGGAUGGGGUGGGUGGGAGCUGGGGGUGGGGUCUGUGCUCAGGCCGUCACAUAGCAGGCAGCACAGUACACCAUACCUGUAGUCUUUAUUUCCUCUUUUCAGCGUCAUUUUUUUUUUCCUCUGUUACCUCCCACAGGCUGUCAAACACACAAACAACACACACAAGCUCUCUACACACACACACACACACACACACACACACACACACACACAAGCUGAUGGGCUUUGUAGUAUUUUAUCCACCUCCUGAGUUCUGUUCCUCCUCUUUCAGCGCUGCCUGUUUUUAAAUGUGUAACUUAAAUCAAGAUAUUUCUCAUCCUGAAUCGACGGUGAUAAAGCACACUUUGUUUUUUCCUCCACGUCUCGAUCUCUGUGUAAAUAUAUGCACCGCGUAGGGGGGCGGGGGUGACACCCACAGACAGUGUGUGAGGAGGAUGUGUGAGAAAGCUGUAGCAGGAGCAAGAUCCAGUCAGUUCAAAGAUUUAACUUGUACGCUCGUCUGAUCGAAUCCAGCGGGGAAACGUCCAGCUGACACGAUGACAGAGCUACUCUCAGAUCCUUCAACUGUGUUUUACUCACUACUAACAAUCAGGAGCCAAACGCAAGCUUUCCCAGGGGUUAAUAAAUCCUGACAGGUUGGAUCCUUCCCUUCUGGUCCGUUAUAUGGGAGGCCGUUAGUGUCAAAAAUAUCACUAUUGUCAAAACUGCAGGUAGCUUUCCUCCUUUAUGAAAACAUGCUUUCAAUGCUUCAACUAACUAUUUUAGACCCUUUUAGAAAUAAAUUCACUAAUUCUUAAAAAUGUUCACAUUAAGCCUGGUUAGUAGCCCAAAACUGAGAUCAUUAACUACUGCGACAUUAGUGGUGUUAAGAUGGAAAACAAAGCAAAUAUUUUGUGCAGCGCAGUAUCAUGCAAAGUCAGUGAAAAGAGGCAAAACUGCACAAGAUAUACGUUCAAUUUGAUUGGAAAAUUUGAGAGAUGCUAUUCGGAAGAGUUAAGAUUCUGUAAUUUUCGCUGGACUUAUUAAAUAAACUCCAAGAAGAAUUAAGACAUUUAAAAGUUGAAGACGAGGCGGACAAAUCAUGAAUUCUGAUGUCGUCAUUUCAGCGUCUUUUCAGCCUGUUUAGUGUUGUCAAAUCACGGUAGCAUCUGUUUAUCUCUGCUUCAUAUCACAGACUCUAUUCCACUUUGGUAUUACAUGUUAUUAACAGUGAAGCUGAGACUCAGUUGAGACAGAUUUAAAACACAACUCCCGUAGUUUGUGUCAAUCAGAGAAAUCGAGGUACUGAUUCUAGCUAACAGGUAAUCAAACUGUGCACUGGUAACUUCAUGUAGCUGUUAGCAGCAGGAAGUUCAUCCAGAUUCAGUUCAUUGAAGAGGAGGCGGCUUUAACUGAGCUAAGAGAGUCCAGGUGAAGUGUUGGAACAUUCAGGAUCAGCCCGUUUGUGUUUGUUAAACUAAAUCGUGACUUCUUUUCCCGAUGUAGGUGCUUAAAUCCAGUUUUUAUAAGUGAUAAUUUUGCCCGUAGUACAAUUCCGUACUUGCAUCACCUUUACAUCACCGAGGGUCAAACCUGUCGUAGUCUUUCGUCUCCUGUUGCUCAAUUUCCACGCUUUUCUAACCACUUUUAGCCGCUCGAGAGUCUCUAAAAUUCACCCUGAGACGUUCAGAAAUGGGAGAGGGAGGAUCGAAUCAUUAAAAGUUUGUAGUUUUGCAGCAUAGGAAGGAUUUGUAGUCGAUGAUGGAACUCGUUUGGCUUCGUGGAGCUUUGUUUGAGUCUAAAAUGAAGCCAUAAUGUGGGAAAUUGAUGUUUAAGUGAAGCCGCAGCAUUUCUAACAAAGUACUGUUAGCUCCGAAAUCAAGCUGGCGUUAAUAUUUCAGGGGUCAGUUGAUUUAAAAAAGUGUUUAAAAAAAAGCAGUAAUGUGUAAAUGUAUGGGAGGACAUUAGGGCCAAAAAUCAAGUUCUGGAAUCGUGCAAAAAAAAGACUCAAAAGUUGAAGUUGUGUUAACUUGUUUAGAGCUGUUUUUAAAUGGCCUUAAUGAACGUUUUUGAUUGAUGGGGUUUGAAAUUGAUGUGAAAGUUCAGCUGUCGAAACAUUUUUUUUACUUUAGUCCCCUCUGUUUGUACCGUUCUGAGAAGGCAAGCACUAAAAACGUAAUAAAUUGGUUGUGAUUCCUGUGUGUCCCUGCAGAACCGAGGGGUUACUCUGGUUUUAUAAGAAAGUUUGGUCCCAAUGUGGGCUUUGUAAUAUUUCUCAAAAAGAAGAAAUUGAAGUGUGGAGUUUGUAGCAAAUACUAAUCUGUGUAAAGAAAAAAAGACAACGGGGGUAUUUUAAACUUUUUUACAUCUAAAUUGUGUAAUUCUGCUCCAGUACUGUGGAGGCGGCUCUAACAGGUGAUGUACAUGUGAAACAUUGCUCUCCUUCAUCGUGGGGGUGGGUUGGGCGGGGGUGGGGGUGGGGGUGGGGGGGAUUGUUUGAAAGGGACAGGGUGCUGAUUUUUGUAUGACGGAGAGACAAACAUGCUACAACUGAAUCUUUUUCUCAAGUGUUUUUUAUUCCGAUGUCUCUGUAUCCUUUAAUGUAUCUUGAUAAGAAAAGAAAUAAAGAUUUUUUUUUUCUUCGUGGUCAGUCA